CAGUACAUCCGUCGACCUCGAGUCCUACCUGAGAUUUGUUCCUUGAGACGUUCCGGCUGUGUCAUCUUUAUGGUCGAAGCUUCAUAUCGGGUGAUGAAACUGUGAGAAUUCAGCAAACACCCGAUAAACAACACGCGAGAUCAUCCUUGUUCUUCCUCUUUUCUCGCCGAUUGGUGGCCGCACCAUCGACCUCCGAUUCCUUCCAUGAACAUUCUCCUCAUCUUCAUCCUUCAUCAUUGUACAUUCCGAGAACCAUCCGACCGCAGCCAACCACGAGGUUGACAAACGUUUAAGCGGACGCCUUCAGAGACUCUCGCUGCAGACGUUGCAGACGACAGGUCAUGGCCAACAACACAUCAGCACCAGCCCGUGCCGGGUUGUCGCUGUAUGCGAACCUGCUCGAUCCAAACAAGGGUACACCAGGCACAAUUUCAAGUGCGCCAGUGUCUUACACUACGCCGCCUGAUCAAAAUGAAGCUGCAAAGAAGCAGCAAGCUCUCGCUGCCUCCUUGAGAUUUCAACCUACCAAGCGACCACAGAUCGCCAGCCAAAAAGCAAAAGCGAAAGCUAUUGCUGCCAAAUUUGCUCCUCCGUCCUCUACCAGCCCUGCCCCGGCUGUCGCACAACCCGAGUCUACAGAGGACGUUCCAACAAAUGCACCGACGAUCCAGCCAUCUGCGCCGAGAACAACAGCUGCAGAUUGGAUAGCAACUGCAUCAGAUGAUGAAGAUGUCAACAACUAUUACGCAGCAGAGAAGCGUCAACGUGGAGGUCGCAAGAAACGCAAGAAGAACAAAGAAUCUGUACAAAUCGUGCAAGACUGGGACGACAUCUAUGAUCCAAGCAGGCCAAACAACUACGAGGCAUACAAGAAUAGCGAAGAGAAAAUCCGCGAAGUAAGGGAAUGGAAAGAUCUUCUGUACAGACACCGCAUCAGACGCAGAGGCUCUAGCGAGUCGGAGGAGGAUCGUUAUCGACUUAUGAACAAACAAUUCGCACCACCUUCAAUGUCGUUUGCUCCGCCUCCAAAUCUCAACGAAGAGAGCCCACCUGUGCCUGCAGAAAUUCCCGACGACCCCACUGGCGAAGAUGCUUACCUGCGUCGACUACGGCUGACCCAAGGAUCACAGCAACCUCCACCUCCACCUCCACCUCCACCGCCGCCAGCCUCAGAUCCUCCUACAGGUCAGAUAUCUCGAGCACCUGUCCGGUACAAUCUGCCUACUCCGACUGAGGAGAUCCCGUCUACAGAAACAGAAUUGCAGGCGGGACUUGCUGAGUCUGGUGCUGGUGAAGAUGAAGAAUCGGGUGUGAUACGGUCAAACAGACCUGGCCAAGCUGGAUUUGCGGAGCGCCUUAUGUCCAAAUAUGGAUGGUCCAAAGGACAAGGUCUGGGUGCUCAAGGCACGGGCAUCAUCAAUCCACUGUACGCGAAGGCCGAUAAGCGGAAGAAGAAGUCCGAUGCCGAAGGCGGGGGCUAUGCAACUCCGGCGGGUACGGGCAAGAUUUUGGGUGGAAACAAAUCCAAGGCUGCUCAAGCCGAAGACGAAGGCAAAUUCGGAGCCAUGUCCGAGGUCAUUCGAUUGGAAGGCAUGUUGAAUGGCUUAGAUUUAGACGAAGAGCUCGCUCAAGGAGAGGGUGGAAUCAUGCAGGAGAUUGGGGAAGAAUGUGGUGAGAAGUACGGAAGCGUUGAGAGAGUCUUCAUUCACCGACCGGAGAUUGAAGGCGACGACCCCUUGGUAUUUGUGCACUUUGUCAGCCAGCUCAGUGCUUUGAGGGCGGUCAAUGCUUUGGAAGGGCGCAUCUUCAACGGCAACCCGAUCAAGGCGAGGUUUUGGCCAAAGGAAAAAUUUGAUGCUCGAGACUACCUGUGAGCACGGAGUCUCUCCAGAAAUGUUGUCAAGUUAUGCCUUUGUAGCGUCCGAUGCUAGCUAUGAACAAGUGGGCGGCCGUAGUAUGCCUGUCGUUUUGGCCUCACUAA